CGCCACCUCCCACCCCACAACUACAAGUCCCAUCGUGCCCCGCGCUCACGCACACUACGCGAGAGCAAGAUGGCUGACACGGCGGCCGGGCCUAGUGGCUCCGGAACGAGACCAGGAAAUAAGCAGUCCACGAACCCCGCUGACAACUACCAUCUGGCCCGGAGGAGGACCCUGCAAGUGGUCGUGAGCUCCCUGCUGACAGAGGCUGGCUUUGAGAGUGCUGAGAAGGCAUCUGUGGAGACGCUGACUGAGAUGCUUCAGAGCUACAUCUCAGAAAUCGGGAGAAGCGCCAAGUCCUACUGCGAGCACACAGCCAGGACCCAGCCCACGCUGUCGGACAUCGUGGUCACACUGGUUGAGAUGGGCUUCAAUGUUGACACUCUACCUGCUUAUGCUAAACGGUCCCAGAGGAUGGUCAUCACUGCACCUCCUGUGACCAAUCAGCCAGUGACGCCCAAGGCCCUCACUGCAGGGCAGAACCGACCCCACCCGCCACACAUCCCCAGCCAUUUUCCAGAGUUUCCGGAUCCCCACACCUACAUCAAAACUCCGACCUACCGAGAGCCAGUGUCCGACUACCAGGUCCUGCGGGAGAAGGCCGCAUCUCAGAGGCGAGACGUGGAGCGAGCACUCACGCGCUUCAUGGCCAAGACGGGCGAGACCCAGAGCCUUUUCAAGGAUGACGUCAGCACAUUCCCCCUGAUUGCUGCCAGACCUUUCACCAUCCCCUACCUCACGGCCUUGCUUCCCUCCGAGCUGGAGAUACAGCAGAUGGAAGAGACCGACUCCUCGGAGCAGGAUGAGCAAACAGAUACAGAGAACAUCGCUCUUCAUAUCAGCACGAGCCAGCCACCGCCCAGGUCUCAUCGAGGCGGGCAGAGAUGGCAGCCCUGGAAGACGGUGCUCCCGUCUUUUCGUGAGGCGGUCCUCGUCCUGGGCACAGUCUCCUUCCUCACGCCACUGCUGUUCUGCUUUAUUCCGGCUUUUGCUCAAAGGACGAUUCUGGAGCUGAGAAGGAGAACGCUUCUGUGCUGCAGCAGGGCUCCUCCUUGUCCGGCAGCCGGAAUGGGGAGGACAGCAUCAUCGAUAACCCCUAUCUGCGGCCUGUGAAGAAGCCCAAGGUCCGGAGGAAGAAGUCCCUCUCGUGACCUGAGGAGGAAGCUGCCCCGUAAAGGAGAGGACACGCUUUCCUGGGGAGUGAAAUCUCAGCGGGAAGAGGAGGGUGGUGUCCUGGCCAUGUCCAGGCUGUGUCAUUUUAGUAGCAGCUUCGCCUGAAGACAGCCUGUUGUGCUUGAGUGUGGGUGGAGGAAACCAUGGUGACAUACAGGACAGUUCCAUCCCUUGGCCAUGCUUUGCAGCAGGGCCUGGACUGCUGGGGACUCCUCUGAUGAAUCAUGGGACUUGAUUCCUUUGGAACCUGGAGGGCCGGGGAAGAGCAGAAGGAGGAAGGUCUACAGUUCUGCCCUGCCGAGGAGGCGGCCAAGUGCGUCUCCCAGGCUCUUGGGUUCCUCUCGCUGAUGUACAAACCCAGACCCAAGACCCCUGCUGAGUGGAUGCAAAGUGACUUGUGUUGGAAACAGGCCCACAGCUCAUCUUUGAUUUGGGGCUGCCAGGAGCUAAGAGCACAGGUGUCAACAUCAGUGACAGUGGGCACAGGUAGCCUUGAUCUCUGACCAGCACUGGAUUAACUCUGACCACGGUGGGGUCAGACACCCUUCUGGGAAAGCGGGUCUGAGCGGAGCCUGGGCUCAUGAAGAGGCCUUAGCAGGUAGGAGAGGCCGAAGCUUGGUUGAGAACUCCAGCUCUGCUAGAAAGCUCUGUACCUGCCUGCUGGAGGGAGGGGCCGAGGACCCUGCUGAGACCCGAAUCCGCACACCUCCACCCCUGGAGGGAAGCCCCCACCCACGCUUUCUCCUAGUCACGAGUUCAAGGCUGGCAGGGACGUGGAGAUGGACAUGGAUAGGGUGCUCCUUGGGUCGGAAUGCCGCCUCCGUCCUGGGCCGGCCGCUGCUGCUCCUUCAGUCUUGCUCGCUCUUUCCCUCUCCACCCCAUGUUUCAAAGACGGGCUUUUUCUGUAGCCCAAGCUAUCCCAGGCUCAGUUCCCCUGCCACCUGCUGCAGGUCCAGGUGAAGGCCACCAUGCAUGGCUUCCAGUCAGCUGGUAAAGGGCCCACCUUCCUGCUGAUCUCUGGGGUCUUUGGUCCCCUUGCCUGGAGGAAAAGAGCUUUGUGUCUGUAAUCACAAGAAUCCAGACACAGAAAUGGACAAGAAAUGGUGAGACAAUGAGAUUUCUCAGCUCCGGACUAAACAAGAAUAUUUCCAUCAUGACUCAAAACUUGUCGGUCAGGACAGGAAGACUGACCUGUGUGGCUCCCGAGAACUUGUGAGAUCCUUGGCGACUCUGGGCCAGUCAGCUGAAAUUCAGUCCAGGUCAGGAGGCAUCACACCUUGCUGUCCCGAUUACAUCUGUAAUUCCUGCACCAUUAUCACUGUCGGAGGCUAAUGCCUGUUGAGAAUACUGUGCGAGCUGGGGGUGGGAGGGGCUCAUGCCAGCGACUUCAGAACUGUGCCACUGUCUUUCUCUAGGAAGAGAGAUGCUUGGACAUGGACCCGGGUGGUGUUGUGUUGAAGCAUAUAAUUCUCAGUGUGUGUAUAUAUUUAUAUAUUUCUAUUUUUUAUAAUUGGGGGUGUCUUAUUGAAAUGAGAAAUAAAGUGUGAUUUAUGAAAGGGAUGCAAUAAAAAUUCAUAAUAAAAACUUUGUAAAUGAAUCAGACAUAGGGCUGUA